AUGCCACCUCACCGCGAUGGAAACAUCACCAAUUCCUUCCAGCGCAAGAGCGAGGGCCAGGGAAAGACUAAGACCGAGGAGCCUACAGCCAAUAGUCCCCGCGAUGCUCCAACGGCCAGCUCAUCAAGAGAGGAAGACAAGAACAAUGGCAAGAGGAGAAUCUCAGACUCUCCACCCACUGACGAAAGGUGCAACGUCAAAGCAUUGAAAGCAGACGCACCAACACACCUUUCGUCCAAGGACCUAGCACCCAACUGGCUAACGGCUACCGGAAACGUAACCUCUACAACACUGUCCCUCAGUACCCACCAGGGCGACCUCUUCGACCAAGCACCCCCAAACUGCCUACUCGUCCACGCGUGCAACACCCAAGGCUCCUGGGGCGCUGGCAUAGCCCGCACAUUCCGAGAGCGCUACCCGAAAGCCUACACCAUCUACAGGGACUUUUGCACCAAAGAGCACAACCCAAGGUACAGUCCUGUACUGCCGGGAACAGCUCUGAUCAUUCCCCCAGUCGACUCUGGUAAGAGCCAAUGGAUCGGGUGUCUCUUCACAAGCGCCAAGUACGGCAAAGCGAAAGCGAAGCCUGAAGCGAUUCUUCGCAAUACUACACCAGCAAUGCAGAUGUUGCUUGAGUUGAUUAGACAAGCGGAUGAGAUAACCGAAUUGAGGAUGUGCAAGAUCAACAGCGGGUUGUUUGGUGUGCCUUGGGAAGAGACUCAAGAGGCGCUGGAGAGCAUCAAGGUAAGGGAGGGGUGGCGGGCGAAUGUGGAGAUUUGGGAGCCGUGA